UGAUUUUCUGUGUAUUUCAUUGGAGGGUUAAGUCCCUAUAAAUAUAGAUUACAAAGAUAGAAUAUUCCUAUAAGAUUCUAUACAAUAAUAAUAUCCUAGAGUAUAUUCCUAAAAUAUUUUAAAGUAUAUUCUAAGGAUAGAAGAAUAUUCUAAAGUAUAUUCUAAUGUCUUUCACACUCCCCCUCAAGUUGGAGCAUAGAUAUUUAUCAUGCCCAACUUGUUACAUAAAUAACCAACACGAAUUCCAUUUAAUGCUUUAGUGAACAAAUCUCCAAGUUGCUCUCCAGUCUUCACAUAUCCUGUAGAGAUCAAUCCUUGUUGUAUCUUUUCUCGAACAAAGUGACAAUCGACCUCAAUAUGUUUUGUUCUCUCAUGAAACACUGGGUUGUUGGCAAUGUGUAUAGCAGCUUGGUUAUCACACCAGAGUUUAGCAGGCAUUGGUGUCUUCAAUCCGAUUUCACUCAGCAAAUGGUUUAUCCAGAUUAUCUCACAUGCCGAUUGUGCCAUAGCCCGAUAUUCUGAUUCAGCACUCGAACGAGAAACCACAUUUUGCUUCUUACUUUUCCAAGAGACGAGAUUACCACCAACAAAGACGCAAUAGCCAGAUGUGGAUCUCCUAUCAUCUUUAGAUCCAGCCCAAUCAGCAUCUGCAAAGCAUUCUAUUCUCAUGUGAUCAUGAUUUUGAUAAACAAUACCUCGUCCUGGUGUCCCCUUCAAGUAACAUAAUAUAUGCUCUACUGCAUUCCAAUGAUCAACUGUCGGAGAUGACAUAUAUUGACUCACUACGCUCACAGAGUAAGCAAUGUCUGGACGAGUGACUGCGAGAUAGUUAAGCUUUCCAACCAAUCUUUUGUACCUUUCUGGGUCUUCGAAUGGUAUGCCUUCUGAAGUGAGUUGCACAUUGGGAACCAUGGGAGUUGUGUUUGGCUUUGCUCCCAAUUUCCCUGUUUCAGUUAGUAAAUCAAGUACAUAUUUACGCUGAGAUAGAAAUAUGCCUUUCUUACUCCGUGUUACCUCAAUACCCAGAAAGUAUUUCAAUGAGCCUAGGUCUUUUGUUUGGAAUUGGCUAUGAAGAAAAUUCUUAAGGGCCAAAAUACCUGCGGUAUCACUUCCUGUAAUCACAAUAUCAUCGACAUACACCACAAGCAAUGUGAUACCUGCUUUCGUUUUUCUAUAAAAGACAGAGUGAUCUGAUUGACCUUUUAUCAUUCCAAACCGUUCAAUGGAUUGACUGAAUUUCCCAAACCAUGCACGAGGACUCUGUUUCAGACCAUAAAGAGAUUUGCGAAGUCGACAAACUUUCCCAUACUCCCCCUGAGCAACAAAUCCCGGAGGUUGCUCCAUAUAAACUUCCUCCUGAAGGUCACCAUGUAAGAAUGCAUUUUUAAUGUCCAACUGGUGUAAGUGCCAAUCAUGAGUUGCAGCGAGUGAGAUAAGUAACCUGACAGAUGUUAAUUUAGCAACAGGAGAAAAAGUGUCAGAAUAAUCAACACCAUAGGUUUGAGCAUAACCCUUUGCAACCAAUCGAGCUUUCAAUCGAGCAACAGAUCCAUCUGGAUUAACCUUAACAACAAAGACACACUUACAUCCAAUAGACUUCUUCCCUGAAGGCAAGUAUACCAAAUCCCAAGUACCAUUAAGAUCCAAAGCAUUCAUUUCCUCUACCAUGGCAUGACGCCAUUCAGGAUGAGACAAAGCUUCUUUAACAGAUUUGGGAACAGAAAUAGAAUCAAUGGAAGCAACAAAAGAACAUGAGGCAGGAGAUAACUGACUGUAUGACACAAAUGAGGAAAUAGGAUGAGUACAAGACCGUGUACCUUUACGUAGUGCUAUCGGGAGGUCAAGAUCAGAUGUAGAGACAAGAUCUGAAGAUGCAGGUACUCGUUCAGGACAUGAGAUCGAAGUCGGACCAGUAUAAGGAUAUGUAAUCACAUGUGUCACAGGUGGGGAGUGAUCUUGUGCUUUGUGUCGACGGGUGUAAACCAAGUGUACAGGAGGUCUAGGGUCAGGAACAGUGACAUUCGACAUAGUUACUGAAGGUGUGGUCUCAGGUAUAGUAACUGUGUAAAUGAGUAUUUCAUCGUUGUCCUCAUGAAUAUCUGUCUUGGAUGAUGAAAAUGGUGUAUUUUCAUGAAAUGAGACAUCAAUAGAAAUAAGAUAUCGACCUGUACUUGGACAAAAACAUCUAUACCCCUUUUGAACUCGAGAAUAACCCAAGAAAAUACAUUUCAAUGACUUGGGGUCCAAUUUCGUCCGAUGAGGGUUAACAUCUCUAACAAAACAAGUGCAACCAAAUAUUUUAGGUGGAAUAGGAAAAAGUUCUUUAUUUGGAAAAAGACAUUGAUAAGGAGUUUUACCAUCCAAAACAGAAGAUGGCAUACGAUUGAUCAAAAAACAUGAAGUAGACACAGCGUCAGCCCAAAACUGUUUAGGCACAUUCAUUUGGAAUAGAAGAGCCCUUGCAGUUUCUAACAUAUGUCGAUUCUUUCUUUCAGCAACUCCAUUUUGAGGAGGUGUGUCUACGCAAUGAAGUUUGAUGAAUAAUGCCAUGUUGAAGCAUAAAAGAUUUAAAUGGAGCAGAUAAAUAUUCUUGGGCAUUGUCUCCCCUUAACACACGAACAGGAACAUUAAAUUGAGUUUUAAUUUCAGCACAAAAUGCAGAGAAAUGAGUAAAUAACUCGGAUCGGCGCUUCAUAAAAUACACCCAUGUCAUACGAGAAUAAUCGUCAACAAAAGUGACAAAAUAUUUGAAACCAGGUUUGGACACAACUGGACAUGCCCCCAAACAUCAGUAUGGACAAGAUCAAACGGAGCAUUUGCUCGUUUAUUAAGUCGGGGACUUAAACUAGUGCGAUGAUGUUUAGCAAACUCACACGACUCACAUUGUAUAGAAGACACUUUAUUAAACUGAGGAUAUAAUUGCUUCAUUAGUGAGAGAGAUGGAUGUCCUAAUCGGUAAUGAGCUUCUAAUAGAUUUCCAACCCCAAGGCAAGAGAUACCUUUUGUAAUUGAUGUAUCCAAAAUAUAAAGACCACCCGACUCAUGUCCUUGACCAAUAGUAUGCUUCGUUAACAGAUCCUGAAACACACAAUAUCCCGGAAAAAAUGUUACAGAACAAUUAAGAGUACGUGUGAUUUUACUGAUGGAAAGCAGAUUAAAUGCAAAAUUAGGAAGACUCAAAACAGACGAUAAUGGUAAUGUAGAAGUUGGUACAACAGUACCAGAUCCAAGAAUGGGUGAGGUAAACCCGUCUGCUAAAGUGACACUGGAAGCAGGUAAAUGUGAGUGAAAUGAUGAGAAUAGACUAGGAUUACCUGUCAUAUGAUCUGUGGCACCUGAGUCAAUGACCCAUUUUGAGGAUGAUGAAACAAGACAUGUGUUUGAAAUACCUGAAUUUGCGACUACCGAGAUAGGGGUAGAUGAAUGCUUUAGAGAUUCUUGAUAGCAAAUAAAUUUAGCAUACUCGUCUGAAGAAAUAGCAAUUGAUCCAUCAAAUGAACUCGUAGCGGAAGCAACAUGAGCAAGCUGAUUUCCUUGAUUUUUGAACAGCAACUUUCUACAUUCUUUGAGCAAGUGUCCAGGCUUCUUGCAGUAAUUGCAUCUUUUUUCUCUGCCAAACUGAGUGGUACAAAACAUUCUUUUUUUUUUUUGCAGUAGUAAGUUCAAAAUUGAGAUACUGCCAUAAGCUGCAGCAGCCUUUCCCCGUUUGUGGGCUCAAAAUUUGGAGAAGAGAAUUUGGAGGAAAAAAAACUUACUCAACUUUUAAAAUUGAUGCGCUGACAUAUCGGUAGCAGUUCAAGGGGUGUCCACACAUAUCCGAUGCUAGACACCAGCGAGGCAGCGACCAACCCACCUGGGGCGUCCACAGUAUCCGAUGCCAGACACUAGCGACCAACCACGAAGCUUCCUCCGGCCCACAGAUCCCGUCCCUUGCUGGACAAAGAACGAGAGAAGUAAAGUAUACCUGGCAGAGGACUUUCAGGCGAGUUUCAGACGAAGAGUUCCGAUCAGAUUCCGGCCAGAAACACGGCGUCACGCGCCGGCGCGUGAGUUGGCUGUGGAAUCUUCCGGCGGCGCGUGUCACUCACGCGCAAUGAUUUUGGAGUGCGGACUUUGGGUGUUCGGUCGACAGUGGCAGGAGAACCAGAGGAUGAGGGAGGUUGAACAGGGUUGUCGGAUACCCAGUUGCUUCUGAGAUCGAAGGUUCUGGCAAAAGCUUCUGGGAAGAGGUUCUGGGAAUAAUCGGAGGUUCUGAGAUUGAACUAAGCUUCUGAAUAGAGAUUCUGUGUAAAGAGGUUCUGACUGGGUUGAGUUUCUUGUAGACAGAAUGGUGCACAGAGGUUCUGAACUGAACUCAAGUUCUUUGAGAAAGAACCGAGUGUGAAAAACUAAAUUGAAAUCUGAAAAACUAAAUUGAAAUGAAAGGCUCUGAUACCAUGUUGAAAUAGAGCAUAUUAACUAAGAAAUAAUAUUGGAGAGGAAAGGAUUUUCUGUGUAUUUCAUUGGAGGGUUAAGUCCCUAUAAAUAUAGAUUACAAAGAUAGAAUAUUCCUAUAAGAUUCUAUACAAUAAUAAUAUCCUAGAGUAUAUUCCUAAAAUAUUCUAAAG